GGAACAUUGCUUUUCCCAUUGAUUGUUUGUUUAGCCCGCAUUGGGGUCCUAGAUUGAAUUCAUAAAGUCAGCAAUUUCCGGGCCCUGAGGUUUGUUUAUGAGUCCAAGGGAUUCUAAUCUCUAUUCUACUUAGCUUCAGGCAACCUCUCUAUUAUCAAAGUUCAGUAUUCUUAGAAGAAUGACGUUGGAGAAACUCAACGCAACGAUCUUGUGUUUGCUCCUCUUGAGCUCGUUGGGAUCAAGUUUGGACACGAUCAAAGAAAUCUGGAUCCAAACUGCCGACUGCAAUUCGUGUGGAAUGACCGCUUUGGGACAUAUUGCGGCCAAGGUGUGUGGCCAAAACGACUGUUGCUUCACGGACAAAUUACCGGGGAAUUACAAUACGGGAUCCAUUGACUUCCUGGAAGGACCAGAUAUUGGCGAGUGUGACUCAUUUGAGAUCCAGACGAUGGGGGAAAAUUCGGAAUACUUGAGCAUUACUUUGUAUCACGUUGGAACAGAUGGUGGCCAAUUCGACUUUGUGGACGUCCUCACGUUGGAAGGCCUUCGAUACGAGUGUCAAAUGAGGAAUGAACCCAUAGACGACGACCAAUUCGUCCAGAGCACGAAUUGCCGACGGAUCCCGACAGCAGCAGUCAACAACAUCUGAGUAAUUGUGGUUAGAUGUACGUUUAUUUACGGACUAGUAGUACAUUAGGAAGAUUCUGUUACAUGUAUAAAAACAAUAACUCUUCGAUCCAUGGCCAAAGCAUAGAUCUUUAACAGCACCAUUUGACUCGUUUGAAAAGAGCGAGGAACGGGCCUGGCUCACUCAACCUCUGAACUGUUGGGAGGUCAUUUGUUUUGAGAGCUUAAACGAGUCAUAUAUUAUCAGAGUUUCGUUUCCAUGCAAUGUCAAACAUAAGGCACGCAAAUGGUUUGAGUCCCCGGGGGUCAAUGGGUGGGUUAAUAAACCUAAGAGUAAUAAUAAUAAUAAUAAUGUUAUUUAAGACUUUGGGUCCCUGGGUAAGGCCAGCAGUAGGGAUGGUAGUAGUAGUAGAAGUAGUAAUAGAAGGAGUCGCGGUAAUUGUCUUAAAAGGCGAGGAAGAAUCGUCUAAACUGGCUUCGAUUCCGUGUGUCCCAGUAGAUUAGCUGAGGUGCUUGUACUUGGUGAAAAGAUUGUAAAGCACUCUCAGAGUGGACUUGAGAUCCAAAUUGACAAUGUCCUCAGGUCUGGCCUUGGGCUUGGGCAGCCCACCAUCUUGCAUCAACUCGAAGGCUAGGCCCACAUUGGUGACUUUUUCUUCAAAGGACUAAAAAUGGAAGAGAUACAAAUCGUGGAUGAGAGAGUAAGAAAAGCCCUCACGAGAAAUGGAUAGAGCAAAUUAUCGAGAUUAGAUAUCUGAAAGUGACACCAAUGACGGACGCUACUCCGGAUCCCAUUUAAAUGAAAGGUAGAGAGAAACCCACCGGUAACCACAAUGUCAGUCGGGCUAAUUCAACCCAAAAGUUGUUCAUGGAGCACAGGAUCAUCUUUGGAAGAUCAACUCAUGGUCCACGACGCUCUUCCGUCAUCACUUCCUCGACUACUUUCAAUCAGUAGAUAGAUAUUUUGAUACACCCGCUAUAUAUCACUCCUUGGCUUCUAUCCGACUUCAUAAUAAGUCGAUGCAGGUCCAAAAUUUCGAGCAUUGAGGCGAAAUGCAGACAAGAAGUACCACAGAUUAUUGAGCGUUUCCCGAAUUAAUUGGCAUCCAGUAUUUCAUAUCCAUUACAAAUCUCGUUCGUACUGUCUCUGGUCUUUCCCCAAUUGCUUUUGGUUUUGGCUCGUUAGUGCUAGUCCGACAGAUUGCAAAAACUUGUCUUCUCCAUGAGCGACACCCAAUUCGACCAAAGGGAAAUCCAAAUCACAGAGAGUGUGGCACAGGGGAUAGAUACCCACCGGCACAACAUUAGCGUGCUGGUGCUCUUUUUCCAGGACCCACGUUCGGCACAAAUGAGAGCCCACCACUUGAACUGGCCAAGGAAGUCAGUCCAGCCAACAUCUUACCGUGUACUAAUUGCGACAAUGAGUGUCAAACCGUGCAACAAUGGUGUAAACGAUAACGCUUGCAGAAAAGGGCUACCAUAAACGAGAGUACACCCUUUCCUCUCCGUCUCUAACUUCGUGAUUCCAUUUCCCCUUUUCUUUUCUAAUCUAUAGUGCCAUCUCUUAAUGAACUCUUGUAGAUCCAGAGUGGGUCCUGAAGGUACACACACGGUCUUGAUGAAAAUCCCUCCUGCACCACCAUUGACGUACCAUCACUAUAUCAGGUUGCUUAAAGUAAAUGAUGGCUUUGUCUUUUUGCCUUUCUUGGGGAUUCCCGGAAAAGUUUUUUUUCCUUAGCUAUUUUCGGAACUCGUUGCGCCCAAAGCAACCCUAGCUUUAAAAGAAUGCCGUGCUGAUGCGAUUACACUUGGCUUAGGCAGCUUCAUUCUGUCACCGUACCCCAACUAUGCAGAGAACAAAGCUAGAAAUGUCACCAAAGGCCAAACAACUUUUCCGUGGCCUUUCCUUUCAUGAUGGUCAUGUAGGUAGUUGCGUGGGAGGAAAACGUCAGUCACGAGAUGGAGACUCGAGUUGAAACCUAGUGUGCCCUCUUUUUUGAUGAUCAUUAAUUUCAGAACUCUCGAUUCAUCAGCGUUGCUAGCGAUGGGCUAGCACAACGGCCUAGACGCCCCCAGGCCCUUGCAACCGAAGGGUUGGGUUAGGUUAGAUUAGGUAAGGUUGGGAUAAAUUCAAAGAUGGCAACACUGGUCGUCUUGAGAAUCACCAGUUCUGAAUGAAAUUACCGUCCAUAUUUAUUUUCACCCUCACACAAAGAAUGUCUCAUUAUCGAAUUACCUGGGGAGUAAGAUGGAAGUCAUAGAGUGGAACAAAGUAUCCUUCCAAAAGCCCCAUGAGAAGACAUAGGAACACGCCAUCCGAGAAUUGAGCGUCCAAAUCAUAUACAUCCAGGUUGAUCUUGUUCAGAUGCUUGUUCACAAAGGUCACCAAAGACUUCUUGACCACCUUUGGAGGGAAACGAUAUCAUGCAAAAGAAAAAAAAAAUCACGAAAGAUGCAUUAGGUUCGUUGAGAGGCGCUUAGGUCAGUUCCGCAAAUGAUCUUGAGAUUUUGACCACAGGAUUUGUCCCGGGACAAACAUAAUUUCUACCUUUGAAACCUCUCACACGCCCAAAGCUUACCAAAGUGCUCGGAGACGUUGACUCAAAUUCAAUCAUAAUCAGAUCUACGUGGAUAUUCUUGUAAGAAACUAUCAGCUCUCUCAAUUUGAUGUCUCUAGUCAAUCUCUUCCUAUUUCUUACGGACAAAGACCAAUAAAUAAGUUAAUACAUGAUCUUUCUUCAUCUAUCACUUCUUGGAAGACGGUUCUUAUCCGUCUGAGAGCUGUAUUCAUAAACACACCAAUUGCGCACGUGGUCUCUUACUUGAAGCUUGUCCGGGGCGUGAUCGAAGAGGGUGUCAAAAGCAUCACGUUCCUGCUUCAACCCCAAAUCAUCAUAAGCCGAGGUGAGCUCCUCCAUGAUCACCCGAUGCAGGAGAAUGCCAUCUCUCUUGGUAACAAUCACCACAUCCACCGUCACGUGCUCCGGAAGACGAAUGGGAGCUCGGAAGUGACGAGCCAAGGCAACC